CCUUUUUUACUUUUCUUGUAAAAUUUGAAAGUAAUGUUAUUUGUGUAAUGUGAUCUUCACCAACUGAGUUAUCCAAAGAGUAUGUUUAAAGCUAGUUACUAAAAGCUUGAUCUUAACCUUUAGAGAUUAUGAUAAAGAGUCCAGUCCUCUAUCCUUCAUAACUUUUUUGUCUUCUUAUAAGAUUUGAUUUUAACAAUACCUGUUCCAUGUGUUCUCAAGGGACAGAAGCAGUCAGUAGUUGAGAAGUGGUUGGCCAGCUGCUUAGUAUUGUUCUAAGCUGAUUAUUUGCACUCUGAAGUAGUUCUACCAAGUGAAGUUUAGGCUGCCUGUUGGCUGAUGGUAGUUUUUUUGUCUUAGUGAAUCUUUUUAGGUAAUGAACUGAGGGGUAAAGGGAGUGCAUGGCAAGUCUGCUGUCACAUGCAAAUACUUAGAAAUGUGACUAAUUGUUUUCCUGGAGCCUGGUGUACUUGUUUUGGAUGGUAGCACAAAACCCCAAACCUUUGGUUAAACAUAUCUAACUUGUAUGCAGCUUAAUGUGACUGGCAAGAAACCUGUUUUGUUCUUUAAUAUUUUUGUGACUUUUCAGCACACCUUCUUUAAUUCUUGAAUUGGUUUCCUUUGGAACUUUAAAAAAAAAAUUUAAAAAUCCUCUCAUAAGAUGGAGGAUGAAAAAAAAUCAGGAAUCUGUUGUAAAAACACCUAAAAUAAGCUUUUCACUUUAAUUAUGUUCCUUAAGUAAAAAGUGUUUGGAAAUGAUUAGUCCAUGGCUUUUAGUGAUAAGUCCUUGGCUGGUUUUGCAGUGAAAAAUGCAAAGUUAAGUGCUCCAAAGUUUUUGGUGUUUUUUUUUUCCUUCUAUAAAAUAUACAAAAGUUAGUUACUACUUAAUAAUGUUAACUAGGUUUGUUUGUAACUCUGGAAUUAAUGGUGUUCUUUGAAGGGAGAGUAUCUCCUAUUUUCAAGUAACUUAAUGGUGCAGUGUCUUCAGAGUCUGAGUAGGGCUGGUGCUGUAAUUUAGUUGCAUAUAAAGUACCUUUAUUGCUAUUCUUGCUAUAAGAUAAUGAUUCUCUGCUUUCUUGUCCAGAUUUGGCUGUGACUUGGUGCACGGGUGUCAUUACAUCUAAAGCUGCAUCAGCAGCUCUGUAGGGUUUUGCUUUGGGUUUUCUUGGUCAACAUAAAUGUGGGCACAUUUCAGUGUUUUGUGGGAGCCCCUGUGCUUCUGCUCAGUGUGUGGGGUGUGGCCAGGGGUGAAGGCAAUGUUGUCCUGCCUCAGAUUUCCACAUUAGUGAGUGUGUUUGACUGGAGCCUACAAGAAGGAAGGCACACGGCUACACAAACUGUUUCCUUUAGUCAAGGAUAGGUACCCCUCUGAUAGUUCAGCUCUUCUCUUUGUGUUUUGUGUGCUAAUCUUUUAUACUGACAAAAUUCAUAUUUUGAAGGUACUGCAAAUUUUUUAAUUUGACAUAGUAAAGCUAGUAAUUAAUGUCAGCAGACUUGAAAAAAAUGCUUAGAAUUCUAAAAUUAUAUCAAGUCUUGAAAUCUGAAGACUUCAGUGAGGGCUGAAAGUCCCUGUGCCUAAAGGAGUGGUGCAAAGGGAAUGUAAUUUGUCUGCUCCUUGAAAACCUACUCACUGAAGUAGCUGUGCUCCUUAGUAUGUGUGUGUAUGCAAGUGGAAUCCUUGGCAGCACAUGCCCAUCCUGGGAAUGGUGUAGAUUGAGAACACAAGGCUUGAGGACCUAAUAUUUAAAAAAAAAAAAAGGAAGCAAAUUAAUACAUUAAUUUAAAACAUCAAGCAUGAAGUCUGUAGUCAUGCAUGCAAGUCAGGCAAGGACAGAAUAAUUACUUUCUCUUAUGUAUUGAGAGAACAGAGAUGGGCUUGUGGGCACAGUGAUGUAUCUUCAAAGACACAGUGGUGUGAGUUUAGUUCUCUAUCCAUGAGAUAGUUAUUAUAGGGCAGUGUGGGAUUUUAAUGUCAGUAGAUGCAACACUCAGAUAUUUAAGUCCUGAAGGUUUCAAUACCUAAGACUUGUCAGUGUUAAACUGUUAGUGCUAAAGGGAUUGACUGAGAAGUUAAAGAAAGCCAAGGUUACUUAUUCCAGUUCUGGUAAUGUCACCUUGGACAGAAAGCACCAUUUCAGAGUGCAGAGAUACCCUUUUUUAUUAAAGGUGAUUAAAUUAUCCAAGACCAUUGUGAUUAAAACCUCCAACUGCAUGUUUGGGGAGAGAAGGGAGGGAGGAAUGUGAUGUGGCUGAUGUGCCUCUGUUUAUCAAAACAGAGGCAGCAAAGUUAGCUGAGGUAUGGGAAUGUACUUAAAGACUUGGCUUGGGAUGUGUGCACUGCAUUGCCAUGUGGUGAGAAGGUGCCCUUUUUCUGCCUAAACUGCAGUGCUGUUUACUCAGAGGGUGGCUGAUUCUCUGUAUCAGUUUUUGUUGUCUUGCAUUCGGGGUAGUGUGUUUUAUGCUGUCACUGUUACCUGUAUUAACCUUUAAGCUACUCCCUUUU